UGACAUUUCUCUGACCGGAUAGAAAAAUAAAAUCUAUUGUUUACUUUUGUAGCAAGGAAAACUUUCUGCGUGAAAUUAAAAAUUGUACUCGUUAUUCUACAUUUACUAGUUACUCGCUGUGAGUCUUGUAAUCAAAUACUGUGUGUUACUGUUGCUCUAUUCGAUUUAUCAGCAAUAUGGAAGCUUUGGAUGUGAUUGAGAAGCGGAUUGACAACCUUAACCAGUUGCUCGGUCCAUUGCCAACCGAUGAAAGCCAAGCAGAAAACUUAACAGAAGCCAUCCUGUCCGCCGCAUCGUUCCUCCCAUCCGCAAGCACCGGUCAUCUAGCCGAUGGUGCGGCCCGUGGUGCAAUUCUGGAAUCGUUUAAGCGUAAGGAUGAACUGGAAGCAUACCUGGAUCCGGCAUACUUGGAGGAAAAGCAGGACAUCAAGGCAAAGGAAAUGUACAUCAACACGAUAGCGAACGAUCUUGCGGGUACGUUCGAAACGCUACAGAAGAUUAAAUCACUCGAACCUACGUUGGGAGCGGAGUAUUUUCGCAACCUGCCCGACGUUAGUGAGCAACUGAAAACCAUGACUACGACGGUAGGUGAGCAGAAGCAGGCAAAUGAACUGCUUGAGGAAAGUCUCGUCAUUGCGAUGCAACGCUACAGCGAGAUUCAGAGUGGAAUUAAGGAUUCGCUCAAAGCCAUGACCGAUCGGUUGGAUCAGUUGGAAGAUCGUCUAGCGCAGAAGAAAAAGCAAGAUAAAGAUAUUUAAGUAUAAAAGCACAUCAAUGGGGCGUAAAAAGUUUGUACACUUAACUUUGCUCGAGAAAGUGUAUCUGAUCGCUUGUACGCCAUUGUAAAAGAACGAUUAUUCCUAACCGCUUAACAUAUUAUUCAAUCAAGAAGAGCAUAUUUAACUGAUACUUAACAGCAAUCGUGUACAUCAUUCAUUUCUUGCGACAAGAUGUGUGAUACAGUAUUCGUUGGAACUUAUCAAAACCUAUUAUGUAGAUUUAGUACAUUUUUAUUGGUGAUCAUUUAACAGUUUAUCGCCUUCAGUCGUUUUUGGAGUGUAAUAAUGUUGUCUGUCGUGACUCCUUUUGAUUUUGUCUUUAGUUUGCAAUCGGAACACUUGCCUGUGAAUCGUAUAGAGGAUUAACAACAAAUAACAUUUAACCCUUAAUAGCUUUCCCGGCGAAGUGAGAACGAAAAAAAUAACUUUGGCGAAAAAAGUGACUCAUUAAGUUACUGAUCUUUUGUACACCAGCACGCCGGGGGGUGGGUGCGGUGAAAUAAUACUUCCUUUUUGUAUGAAUCAAAUGA